AUGGCGGAUCAGCAGCAGCACGCCCCUGGUGGACACUACUCGGGCAACAACAAGAUCCCCACCAUCAACCAGUUUAUCGAGAGACUAGAUCGCGACAAGUCGACUCGCGACAAGCAGAUCGAGGAGCAGAGAAAGCAACAGCUUGCCAACAAGAAUGGCGAUGCAGUCCCUCACCAGCAGGAGUCGAACCUGCACGCAAAGGAGAACCAGCAAAAAGUCACCGACCCAACCACCGGCAAGGAGGUAGUCAUCGAAGAUGUCAACAAGGAGAUGGUAGAUGCGGCCAAGAACCCCAUGCUCUCUGUACCGAACGCGAAUCUGGGAAAGCCUACAACCGUCAAGACCGACCCGUCGCAACCAAUGGACGAGUACAAGCACAACCAAGAUGUCACCGCCCCUCCGGAUCCUGUCGCUGAAGGUAGCACCUCAGACGUACCCAUCCACGGCGAAAAGACCAACAUUCUGUUUCACCCUACACCAUCCGUCAGCUAUGAGCCCUUCUUCGCUGCCAUGGAGAAGAAAGCAACCGGUCUCUGUAUUGGUGUCUUCCUUGCUGUCGUGUUUAUCGGAAACAUCUUUGGUGGCUCUCUCAAAGGCCUCAUCCCUCUGGCCAUGUGUGUGGCUUCUGGUAUCUUCCUCUGGGCCAAGGAGGUCAUUCGUAGUGGCAGAGAAGUCGAGUGGGACAGUGAGAAGACCAGAGGCAGAACCGCCACAGCCAAUCUCCUCCCCGAAUCAGUCGAAUGGAUGAAUACUUUGCUCGGAGUCGUUUGGGGCCUCGUCAAUCCGGAUAUGUUCCAGAGUGUCGCCGAUACCCUCGAGGAUGUCAUGCAAGCAUCCGUUCCCGGUGUCAUCGAGAACGUCCGCGUUGCCGAAAUCAACCAAGGCAGCAAUCCCAUCCGCAUCCUCAGUCUGCGCGCUCUUCCCGAUGAGCACAUGAAGGAUUUGAAGAAAGCGAUUCACGAGGAAAACAAGAAGACCAAGGACCCGCAAGAGGCCGCUGCUGACGAGGAGGGUGGUGACUAUUACAACCUCGAAGUCUCUUUCGCAUACCACGCUGCUCCUUCUGGCAAGAGAGCCUCGGACAGAGCCAGAAACAUGCACAUGCAACUGGUCUUCUAUCUCGGUAUCAAGGGACUGUUUGGUAUCCCUCUUCCCAUCUUCGUCGAGCUACAGGAGUUAGUCGGUACUGUCAGACUGCGCAUGGCCAUGACUCCGGAACCUCCUUUCCUCAAGACUCUGACCUUUACACUCAUGGGCGUCCCUCACGUUCAGGCCGGAUGUAUUCCCAUGGUUGAGAAGGGUGUCAACAUUCUCAACCUUCCCCUCAUUUCGAACUUCGUCAACUACGCCAUUGGCGCGGCUGCUAGCAUGUACGUCGCCCCCAAGUCUAUGUCUCUUGACAUGAGGGCUAUGCUUCAAGGCGACGACAUUACCAAGGACGUCCAAGCUCUGGGUGUCAUGUGGAUCCGCAUCCAUCGUGCUGUUGGUCUGAGCAAGCAGGACAAGCGUGGUAGCAAGUACGGAGGCAGCGAUCCUUACAUCACCUUGUCUUUCUCCAAGUAUGGAAAGCCUAUGUACUGUACCCGUGUUAUCACCGACGAUUUGAACCCUAUCUGGGAAGAAACUGCUGCUCUUCUCGUUACUCCCGAGCUGAUCAAGGCCGACGAGAAUUUGAGUGUCGAGCUUUGGGAUUCCGACCGUCACACCGCUGACGACAUUGUCGGAAAGGUUGAGCUGUCCAUGCAAAAGAUGAUCCAGCACCCCGGAAAGAUGUAUCCUCAAGUCUCCAAGCUUGCUGGCAUGGACUCCGACAGCGAAAUGCCUGGAGAGCUCCAUUGGGAGGUGGGUUUCUUCGGCAAGCCUCAAUUCAGACCUGCUCUUCGUACCGAUGGCAAGAACCACGCACUUCCUGAGAACCUUCGCGACAAGCCCGAGCUCCAAGAUGACAAGGGUGUAGCCAACACUGAUACUGAUGAUGCCGUCCAACACACACCUCCGGACCCUCUAUGGCCUAGUGGUGUUUGCAGCAUCGUCGUUCACCAGAUUGUCAACCUCGAACUUGAUAACAUCAAGGGUACAGAGGGCAGUCGCAAGGGCAGAGAGUACGAACCCGCCAAGCCUAGCGGCGAAGGUACCGACGAAGAGGGAGAUCAACUUCCUACCAGUUACUGUACCAUCCUCUACAACGACGAGUUGGUCUACAGAACUCGUGCCAAGGCAGUUAGCAGUCAGCCUAUUUUCAACGCUGGUACUGAGCGAUUCGUCCGCGAUUGGAGAUCUGCUGUCAUUACAGUCACCGUUCGCGACUCUCGCAACCGUGAGCACGAUCCCAUCCUCGGAGUUGUGCCUCUCAAGUUGUCCGACGUCAUGGAGACCAGCUCGCAAGUUACCAGAUGGUACCCUCUCGAUGGUGGUAUCGGCUUUGGUCGCAUUCGUAUCUCUCUUCUCUUCCGAAGCAUUGAAACUCGUCUCCCUCCCAACAUGCUUGGCUGGGACGUUGGUACCUUCCAAUUCCUCUCUGAGAGAAUUACUGCAACUGGCUACAGUCAUCAUGCUAAGCUCAAGAUGCGCACCGGUGGUUCAGUUGGUAAGCUACCACGAACACAAUGUCACAAGACUGCCAACGGCCUUGAAUGGGAAGUUCAACACAACGAGAAGAAGGAGCCCAUACGCCUUCCUGUCAAGUACCGCUACCGCAGUCCUAUUGUCUUUGAGUUCCACCUUUCUGGUAAGCGCAAGGCUGAUGCUCACGCUGUUCUCUGGCUACAGCAUCUGGUCGACAACGAAUCAACCGAGAUUGACAUUCCCAUCUGGCGUACUUCGGCCCCGGCAAGGUUGACUCAGAACUACAUUACGGAAGACAAUGCAGACAAGGCUAUGCCUGGCCUGGAAGACCUCGAGGAGGUUGGUCGCCUAAGGUUUACUGGUCGCUUCAAGGCUGGUAUGGAUGAGAGUCACGAACACUUUGUGAGCGACAACGAGUCUCGCGAGACUUACGAGACUUGGGAGGCUUGUCUUGCUGAAGGCGUUCGCACAAGACUAGUUGAAAAGGAGAUGCCUGAUCGUGUGCAAGCUCUACACGAGAAGUCUCUCACAGAAGGCCGCGACAUCCUCAAAGAGGAAGAGCCCGAUGAGAAGCAAAAGUGGCUCAGUAAGCAAGGCACUGACUGGAGUGGAGCCUUUGGCGAAGACCCCAAGGCAUACGUGGACUCGCAAGGCAGAAAGCGUCGCGAGCCUGGUGCGGAACCUCCUCUUCACGAUCCUCACAACCCCAGCUCCGACGACGACAGUGACUCCGAUGACUCCUCGCAAGAUCUCGGUAUCAUGGACGCCGACAACUCAGAGAAUCGAGGCGGCAACAAACGCGAAAGAGCAGGCAGAGAGUCAUUCGCCACCGACACCACUGGCGGCAGAAGUUCCUACGACUCUUACGCCGGUACCAACUCCACAUUCUCAGACCCCAACACCGGAGGAAGUAUCAAGAACCACAACGCACAGAACAAGCGUACUGAGGAGCGCAAGCAGCGCGGCUUGAUGCAGUGGAAACCAGCUCGCAACCUCAAGUUUGCCAAGGACGAGACCAAGAUUGGGUUGAGGAAGAUCAAGAACAAGAUGACGGGUGGCCUCAAUGGUAGACAACCCGGUGUUGAGACUGAGACUGGAACGUAG